AUUGAGAUUAAAAUAUAACAUUAGCGAUUACGUUUUAUUAUCACUAACAUUAUUAGAUAAAAGAAAUGAUGGAUAGAAUUCAGCAUGAUUGGAAUACAUUAAAUGAUGAAAAAGAAUGCGAGAUUAUACGAUAUUAUACCAUAAUCGGAAUGCGAUACACAAUAAUUUUGUUUGGUAAGAUGUCAGAAAGCGCCAUUCAUAUUAAAUUACAAGCAUUUAAACAUAACGGAGACUGUUAAUUUGUUUUUAAUACGAAAUAAUGUGAUGUACUGUUUUAGCUCUAACCUUACCAUGUUUAUCUUGCUAUAUUUUGGGUUGGUUUCUGCCAGGCCUUCUGGAUUUCGUCCAUCCCUUAAACGAAUCUCGUUCGAGAAAAUUGCCCAUUUUAGCGGAAUAUUUUAUUCUUGAUGAACAGAAAUACUAUUAUCCUAUUCUGGUGCAUCAAUUAUUAUUAAUCACAUUAGGCAUACUCAUAGUACUUGCAACUGAAUCACUAAAUAUGGUAUAUGUUCAUCAUGCUUGUGGAUUGUUUGAAGUUGCUAGCUAUCGUUUGAAACAUGUUUUUGAUGAGCGAGCUAAAAAUGAAAAUAAUAUCAUAAUUCAUGCCAAAAUCGUAAAAGUCAUAAAUAUCCACAGAAGAACUGUCGAUUCAUUGAGGCUGUUUUGGCAAUGACCGAUUUGGAGGAAUUAAUAGGAGCUGUAUCUUUUACUGCAGGCCAAUACGGUUUCUUGUUUUUCGUAAAUUAUUUUGGACAAAAACUAACAGAUCGUAGUUUCCUUAUAUUCGAUAAAGCGUACGAAGUACCAUGGUAUACAGCACCCGUGCACAUUCAGAAACUUUUCGCAUUUAUACUGCAAAGGACAGUAAAGGGUUACGUGAUGAAUAUUGGUAGUGUAAUUAUGGCGUCGCUGGAAGGUUUCGCAUCGAUGGCGAGUUUGACGCUGUCUUAUCUUACCAUGAUAUACUCCGUGCGUUAAAAUCAAAACAGACAGCAAAUCUGAUUCUAGUAAUAAUCGAUACAAUGAAACUGCAUUUUUGUAAACUGGUAUUAGCAAUUAUGAGACAAUUCACUAAUGUAGAAAUUAAAAGUAUAAUGUAGAACUAAUAAUAAACUAAUAAAGAAUAGAAUAAAAUACGUACCACAAAUACGUUUACCACAAAUG